AUGGUGGCUGUCGUGACCAGUACCGGAAACUCAUCUGGGGGGCAUCGUCAGGGCCAGUUUAUGCAAGCUUUUCAGACAGAAGGUCUGCUGAGGGUGGCCUCAUCUCCGGUCCGUGAAAUCGCCGGCCGGAACAGAUCGACUAUCAUUCUCUCUCGUUCUCCAUCAGUGCACCCAUACAGGUAUGAGGCGAUAUCGUGCACACAAACACCCACUCAACCGGAUUUCGCUUUGUGCGCGCGGAACUGGCGGCCAAUCGCUCCGUCUCAAGCUGAGCUGCCCACCGCGUCUGCAUAA